UAAAAUAAGUUAAAUACAUUUCGGAUUCGAAUUAAAGUGAACUUUUCUUUUUGGCAUAUCAAAAAUACAUUCCAUUAAAAAGGUACUAUAUCCGUCAAGCCCAAAUACCGUUAGCGGUGUGAAAGUGCAUACAAUAAUGUAAAUUACAACUCAUAUAUUUGCUUCUGUACUAGGACUUCGAUACAAAUGGCCAGUUCAGAAGAUACUUAUGCAGAAAGCACAGACUACGAGUCUAUUCUUAGUAAUACAGAAGACACCAAGUGCGUUGAUUAUUAUAAAGCACUUUUAGAAAACUCUCCACUAUUUAAUAAAGUAAUCUGUGAAAAGGCGUUGGCAUGCCUACGCAGGUUGCCGAACUCCACUAAUCAGAAGACUAUUCAAGAGAUUAGUAAGCGGUUAGGGUUAAGUCCAAAGCAAGUGAGAAAUGUCUUGAUGCCUAAACUGCUUUUAAGUGGAUUAAGCACUUCGAAGGAUAAAUCGGAACAGCGGAGUAGUGGAGUAAUAAAUACGGAGGUCACAGAGGCAAAAGGCGUGACUGAAGACAUAACUGAAAACAAAACUGAAGACAUGACUGAAGAUACAACUGAAGACAUGACUAAAGUCAUGACUGAAGAGAUGGCUCAAAAAAUCUCUGAAGACGUGACUGAAGAUAUAACUUGUGCGGUUUAUAAUAUUUCAAACAAUAAGAAGAAGAAAGGUGCAGAAGCCAAAAAAUAAAAGUCGAAAAACAUCGAUGGGUGAGUGUAUAUAAUAUAGCCGAUGUUAAAGUCAGUAUCCUUAGAGUAGAAGCAGGAGAGACGAAAUAGACUAACAAAAUAUGAAUGCUACUGAUGAAAUCAAUACUCCUUGUUGCCGAAAUUGAAAUUUUGUAAGCAACAUUAGAACUAAGUACCUAUUUAAUUAGACAACUUUGCAAACACAUUUGUUGGAAGGAUGAGGAGAGCUCGGAUUUUAUUACAAUCAUUAAAUAACAAUUUGGUUGAAUAUUAUAUGGAAAUCAUUUAUACCACGAACUUGUAUAGAAAAUUAUAAGUUUCGU